ACACCUCUCCCUCCCCCACCCUCCUCCCCUCUUCCCCCGUCCCCUUCUUCCCACACCUCACACCCCCACGCCCACGCACAAACACAAACACUCCACCUCACACACACCCUCAACCCCUCACACACACAUACACACCACGCUCCACACACACUCGUCACACACACCUCGACUUUCUCUCCUCCCUUCCCUCUCUCCCUCCCCUUCUGUCAGAUGUCGUGCUGGUGGUGGCUGUCAGCUCUGGUGCUACUUGCCUUGGCGGCAACAGGCAUGGGACAGCAACAGCACACCAUCCGCGUUCUCCACAUCUCGUCAUCGGGCUCGUCGUUUUCGUUCUGUCAGCCAGACACGCCGUGCAGCCUCGCGAGGGCCGGUGUGCUGCGAAGCUCCAACGCCUUUGGUCUGGCAAGCACGACGAGGCGCUACAUCUUCCGGCUCGAGCAAGGCUUGUACAACACUCACAACUAUGCUCUGCAGUCGUACACGAUCUACCAAGGAUCAUGGCUACGCGGGAGUGGCUCUUGGGUCCGCUCUACUAUCAACGCGUACAACACGAUCCUGUUCUCUGAUCAAGGCGGGCCGGUGGCAAAGGCUGAGGGCACCAUUUCGACGUCUGUCUCUGAAAUCAUCUUCUAUGCUGUGUCGCCAGGUGGCUCGUCCCAGUCGGUCUACGGCUUGCUGGUUGCCGCUUGCGUCGACUUUUCAGCCUCGCGCAUCUAUGUCAUCUCGGGGGAUGCAUCCGAUGGUGGUGCCGGGGCCAAGGGUGCAAACGGCAAGAUCGUGGCCAAGUCCGGGCGCAACGGUAUUGUUGGCUACUGUAACAAAGCAGCCUGUAACUCUGAUACGCCCGCCUACGGUGGCUCUGGGGGCAACCCUGGUGGGACAGGUGGCCGCGGAUGCUGCAAGGGCAACUGUGGUGUCGGUGGCAAAGGCGGUGGUGGCUCGCUUGGUGGCGCCUCGGGUGGGCCCGGCUCGAGCGGCGAGAGUGUUUUCGGCAUCAUCUCAGACGGCAAGAACGGAGGCAACGGUGGAAACGGCUUACAGCCGUCCAAUGGUGGGAACGGCGUGUCUGGUUCCGGGUACUUUGAUGCCAAUAACUACCGAUGGGUGGCGAACCCGGGCAAGGCCGGUGCCAACGGCAGGAAUGGUGGUGGCGGUGGCGGCGGUGGUGGUGGUGGCGCUUUCCGUGUCUAUGAGUUUCCGUCCAAGACAAAGUACAAGCAGACCGGCGGUGGUGGCGGUGGUGGUGGUGGUGGUGGCGGCGGCGGCUUUGGCGGUGCAGGUGGUGGCUCUGGCGGAUCUUCGAUCGCCAUCAUUGCCUACCGCAAGUCAACGGCCCACUCAAUUUCCAUCCGCUACUCGCUGGCCCAAGCAGGCUCGGCAGGCCAAGGCGGCAGCGGCGGUGCUGGAGGCCUAGGCUCCCCUGGUGGAAGCGGGAGCCGUGGUGGCACAGGUGGAAAAGGCGUCAGCGGCAUCAGUCGCAUUAUCCAGCAGUCUGGAACCUACCCGGUCUCGGCUGCCAUUUCCGAUACCUCGCUGAUGAACCACCAGAAAAUCCAAGUCGCUGCACCGCACACCUGUGUUGGUUCCGUUAUUUCCAUCACUCUCACUCCGGGCGGAACGCUCACCUCGUCAGGGAGUGGCUGGCUCGGCCAAAGCUCGUCGACGUCGGCGACCGCUAUCUACAGCGCGCCCGGCUUUGUCGACCUCACAGUCAACUCGCAGGUCUUUGACGACAUUCUCUACAUCCAGCCCGAAACCAUUUCUGCGGACAUUGUGGUGACACCAGCAUCUGCCACUUCUACCUGCCUCACCUCAUACUUUUCCCUCAACGUUGAGUCGACGCCGACAUGGGACUCGGACCGGACGGUGGCGUGGACAUUUGACGCAGGCCUCAGCCCAGUGUCGGCGAUCAACGACGAGUUAGUGACCGUUCGAGCCGACGGGAUCUCGGCCGCGCUCACCGCCUCGGUCACACUCGCCUCGCCGCGGUGUGGGCCUGUCACGUCGUCGGUCUCUAUUGCUGUCGCCGACAACUCGGCCGGAUGCACGCCGCGAUGCGGCUCGCAGCCGUGCCGCGCCGGGCGCGGCACUUGCACCGACGCCUCGACCUGCACCUGCUACUAUGGCUUUACCGGGCCCGACUGCGCCUCCCUUGUCGAGCCGUACUGCGAGCCGUUUGAGUACCUUGUUCCGCAUGCCACCUUUGGUGUGGCGGGGGCGUACCGACUUGGCGAUACGGUGACGACCACAUGCAACCUCGGGUACCACCUUGUGGCUGGUUCGACCGUCCGGCGAUGCACUAACACGACCGGCGCCGACGCGUCAGUCGGCGUGUGGGACGGUGACCUCCCGACUUGUGACCGCAUCGCCGACUACUGCGAGCCACCGGUGGCGCCGGACCAUGGCGACAUUGCGCCCGAAGACUGCCCGCGCUACGUGUGGGAGACCAACGGCGACGAGUGCGGGCCGUACCGGUGCAAGGUCGGGUACGCAGUCUCCAACCCACCCUUCCGCCGCUGCCUUCCGCUCAACACCACACACGGCGUAUGGGACGUGGCCUCGCCGAACUGCACCGUCAUCGACUGUGGGCCCAACACGCCGCCGGUCAACGGCUACGAAGUCGCCCGCCUCCCUCCGGCGCCGCAACCGGGUGACACCUGGCCGGCAUGGGUCUACACCGUCAACACCACGUACUCGGCCGUCUCGGUUCACGAUUGCAACGAGGGCUACCUCAAGAACGGCGACAUCACCCACACAUGCACUGUCCUCAAGACCUACACCGGUAUUCCCACCACGUGCGCCCUCGACCCGCUCUACUGUCCGACCCUUUUCCCGCCGCCCAACUCGGUAACCACUCCGCCGGUAUGCGGGCAGACGCUCGGAGAUACCUGCGCCUUUUCCUGCAACGGCGGCUACUCGCUCGUCGGCUCGACCUCGCGCACGUGCCUCGUCGGGUUGAAUCGCGUUGGCAACUGGUCAGGCCCGGCCGCCUCGUGUGCUCUCAUCUUGUCGUACUGUCCGGACCUCUCGCCGCCGGCCUUUGGCUCGCGAGCCGGCGACUGCGUGCGCUCGGUCGGUGGUACGUGCGAGACCUUCUCGUGUGAUACGGGCUAUUAUCUGGCCAACGCCACAACCAUGGCGGCGCGGACAUGCCUUCCCGACGCGUCGUGGAGCGGUGACAACGCCGUAUGCCUCCUGCACGACUGUGGGCCGCUGCUGCCGCCAACGAACGGAAACAUCGGAUCGUGCGCCACCACUUACCCGUCGAGCUGCAGCUACGCCUGCAAUGCGCCGUACUCUUUGGUUGGCGUCUCGUCUCGGAGCUGUCAGGCCAACGGCCAGUGGUCGUCGAGUGCGCCGCUCUGCAUCGACGUUGUGGCGCCGGUCUACCGCAACUCGUUCACGCCGCGCGCCCUAGAGCCCUCAGUCCCUGUCGCUACCACCAUCAACGUCACCUUUUCCGAGCACAUGAACCAGACGUCGCUCGACGCCGGUGGCGCGUUCUCGCUCCGCACCCUCGACAACGAGCCGGUGAGCGGGACCUUUGCCUACUUUGCCCUCGCGAACAACGAGCAGCUGAUGGUGUUUACGCCAGCAAUGCCGCUUGCGCAGCGGACCACCCACUUUAUCUCAGUCACCACUGCCGCCACCGAUCUCGCGGGAAACAAGCUCGGCUUUGAGCUCUCGGCCUCGUUUGUCACCGAGGACUCGACGCCGCCGCGAGUGACGUCGACCUCGCCCGGCCGCGACGAGGCCGGGCUCGAUCCCGACAUUGUUGUCCGAGUUCUCUUUGACGAGACCAUGGACGUGCCGGCCACUACCGCGGCCUUUUCGCUGCUUGCCGAAGACGGCUCGUCCGUCACCGGCAACAUUAGCUGGUCGAACGAGAACACGGCACUUCAGUUUGUGCCGCUCGCUGACCUCGCGUCGUUCACCGAGUACACCAUCACUCUCGCGCCCGCUGCCGCCGAUCCGUCCGGCAACAACCUUGCUGGCGCGCCCUUUGGCUCGGCCUUUUUCACGCGCGACUUUUCCGCCCCGCGCGUCGUCGCCACCGCUCCAUACAACACUCAGACCGAGGUCGGGCUCAACUCGACCAUUGUCACCACCUUUUCCGAGGCCAUGAUUCCGGCGCCGGUCCAGUCGGCGUUCUCGUUAGUCUCGGUGGCCGGCUCGCCAGUGGCUGGCGCCUUUGCGUGGAACACGCCCAAGACCGUCCUCACCUUUACUCCCUUUGCAGACCUGCCAGACGACACCGACUACAUAUUGAGCUACGGAGCCGGUGCACUCGAUGCAAGCUCCAACGCCAUGGAGCCGGUCGUGUUCUGGUUUCGGGCUCAGGACCACACCCGCCCGCAGCUCGUCACGGCUGCCUCGGUCCCGCCCGACGGCGACAACUCGGUCGUCCUUGGCUCCAACAUCACUCUUGUCUUUGACGAGGGAAUGGACACGGCUUCGGUCGAGGCUGCCUUUGCGCUGACGAAGCAAGGUUCGGCGGCCCGCGUGGCUGGCACUUUUGUUUGGAGCCUCCCAACCAACGUCUCGCACAUCGUCACCUUUGUUCCGGCUGCCCCGCUCGAAGAGACCGUCUUUUACCAGGUCGCCUUGAGCGUCGCCGCCCUCGAUGACUCGAUCUCACACCCCAACGCGCUAGCAGCCUCGUACUCGACUACUUGGUUUACCGAAGACGUCACACGGCCAGCUGUGGUUAUGGUGAGCCCGGGCAAUGGCUCGAUCGAGGCGAGCCUCGGCUCGACUGUUGUCGUCCAGUUCUCGGAGCGAAUGGCAGUCGGCUCGCUCUCGCCCGGAGCCUCGUUUACUCUGACGCCCGUCGACGACGCCGGCUCCCGCGGAGUCCAUGUCGCCGGCUCCGGCGUGUGGAACGCCAUUUUCACUGUCUACACCUUCACGCCUGCUGCUCCGCUCGUCAAUUCGACGCGAUACGAGGUGAUGCUGCUGGCGUCGGUGGUUGAUGCUUCGCCCAACGCCAACGCGCUCGCUCAGGCUGUCGCCACCUCGUUUGUCACCGUCGACCUUAUUGCGCCGACCGUGUUGUCAGUUGAGCCUCCCUUGGCGGCAUGGAACGUCUCGCUUGACACCAGCGUCACCAUCACCUUUUCCGAGACGAUGGACCGAGCGUCGGCCGAGGCUGCUGCCAGCCUCGCCUGCAACGGAGUGCCUGUUGCUGUGACCACAGUUUGGUCGGCUCUGGACUCGGUACUCACGCUCGCGCCCACAUCUACUCUCGACGACGACGUGGUGUGCCAAGUGGCCGUGGCCGGCACCGCAACCGAUGUGGCCAAUGCCGCGAACACCCUCGGCACCCGCUUUGUCUCGUCUUUCCGCUCUGCCGACUUUACGCCUCCGAUCUUGGUGAGCUCGUCGCCGGCCGCGACUGCCGUUGGCGUCUCGUUUGCCACGGUUGUUCGGCUUGUUUUCGACGAGCCGAUGGACCGAAGCGCAGUCGAGGGCGGGUUCGAGGUCGCGGCUGUGCCUGGCGGUCCGAUUUCGGGCGAGUUCGCGUGGUCAGCCAGCGACACAAUCCUUGUCUUUACGCCGCAUGCCUUCCUUGCCAACUUUACGGUCCACACGGUCAAUCUGACAGUGGCAGGCGGGCGAGACAUUUCCGGCAACAGUCUGAUGGCGCCACUCUCGACCAUUUUUACGACGCUCGAUCUUUCCGCGCCUCGGAUUGAGGCGACAGUCCCGAGCAUGGGCGCAGUCUCGGUAGCCGUUCACCUCCCGAUUACCGUCUCGUUCUCGCGCGAGAUGGCGGUGGCGGCAACUGAGGCCGCAAUCUCGCUCCGCAAUGUCGACGAUGGUGUCGACGCUUCUGGUGGCUCGUUUGUGUGGGACGCACCUGCCAACGAGACGGUCACAUUCUACCCGCCUGGCAAUCUUACCCACCUCACCCGGUACGAGCUAACGAUCAGCACGAAUGCGGCAGCCAAGGCUGGUUUCCUGCUCGAGUCGCCGUUGGUUGUCCCGUUCACAACCGUCCGGUCGGUCCCAGUGGUGGCGGCAGUAAGCCCUAGCGCGGCGCCGAUCGGGGCGGCGGUGACCGUGACUGGAACAGGGUUUGAGCUCGCGCAGUGCAGUGACAUCAAGCUUGAUGGCGCACCACUUACUGGUACCGCGAACGUCGCGGCACCGUUUACCGCGGUGACCGGCUGUCUGGUCCCCGACGCUCAUCCUGGUGGAACGGUUGGGGCAGUAGUUGUUGAACUCGACGGCCUAGUCUCGAGUACCUCGGGAAGCCUCACGGUUGUUCCACGAGUCUCGGCACUCUCGGUCUUGCGCGGCCCGCCUGGCGCCAACUUUACCCUCACCGGGACCGGGCUCGGCACGUUGAGCUGCAGCCAGAUCCGUGUCGGAGGCACGGUUGCCACCGGGUUGGCAAGCGUCUCGGGCGGUGGCCGCCUUGUGGACGGAUGCUACAUGCCGAUGGGUUUGACCGUCGGCGCGACGCCAAGUGUUGACGUGGAAAUGGGGGGAGUAGUGUCUGUAGGCGCGGUUGUGUUUACGGUCAUUCCCGAGGUGGCUCUCCUGAGUCCGGCGUCUGGCCCGCAGAACACGGCGUUUGUGCUCCGCGGGCGCGGGCUAGCUGGCAUCGCGUGCUCGGACAUCCUGUUUGGCGCGAGCCAGCGGCUGCCUGCUCGUGGGACAGCGAGCUCGGGCUCGGGCACUAAGGUCAGCGGAUGCACAGCACCGCCCGGGUACCUCGGCUCGCUGCGAGCUGUUGUUGCUGUGGCGUUUAACGGCGAGGAGUCGGACGUUGACGGGCUCUUUACUUAUCGGCCGGCGGUCACCGAGGUUCGCGAGCGGGCCGGCGUCGCCGGUCAGCCGUUUGUGCUUGUGGGCUCCAACUUUGGCUCUGCGACGUGCGGCGACAUUGCGUUUGGUGUGACGCCGGUGGCGAGCGCGACCGGUGCCAUCGUAGUGUCGGCAAGCGAUCCGUCAUUGGUGGAGCUCUCUGGCUGCGUCAUUCCGCCCGGAGCGCUGGGCGCCUCUGUCGGAGUCCAGCUCUUUGGCCUCGAGCUGAGCUCCAACACGGUGCCGUUCCGGUACGCGACGACGGUGGUCUCGAUCUCGCCGUCGUCUGGCCCGCCAGGGACGGUGGUCACGCUCAGCGGAUGGUUCGACUUUGGGCUCUCACUCGACGCCAUCUCGCUCGGCGGAGUGGUGUGCUCGGCUACGCUCUCGCCAGCAGGUCUCCCGCUGACGCUUGCAUCGUGCGUGGCGCCGCCGUUCCCUACCAACACCAACGCGUCUGUUGGUGCUGUGGUGGGUGGCGUGGUGUCGACGGUCCUCACGCCGGGCCUUGCCUUCCAGUACGCGCCCAGUCUGAGCGCCAUCGAGCCUGCAGCCGGUCCUGUCGGCGGAGUAGUGACAAUCCGCGGCGCCGGCUUUGUCAACGCGACUGACGGCGAGACGGUGGUGUACUUUGACGGCGUUCGGUGUGGUGGUAGUCCAAGCGUCGUGGCCUCGGACACGAUUGUCGGGUGCGUGGUGCCGGGCAAUGUGCCGAGCGCUGGUCAAGUGGCGACGGUGACAGUCGAAGUUGUGGCGCUCGGCGAUACGGUGCCGUCGGUCAACUCGCUGCCCUUUACCUAUGAGGCUGGGGUGCUGGGCGUGACACCGAGCGUGAUAGAGGCGUAUGAGUUUGUGACCAUCCGCGGCGUCUCGCUCAACGGGACAGGCGUCGAGGUGCUGGUGGGCGAGCUCCCGUGCGACGCAGGACGGUCGCGCCUCGAGGUGAGCUACUCGGAGAUCCGCGGGUGCGCGGUGCCGUUUGGACACGCGCUUGGAACAGCGCAGGACAUCACGGUGAGAGUUAACUCUGUGCUCUCUGUGGCGACGGCGGGCCUGGUGACGGUGACCUACACCGGCGAGCCUGCGGUGCUUGCAGCGCUGCCGGCCAACUCGCUUACAGUUGGCGGGCAGAACGUGUACCUGUUUGCCAAGUAUCCGGAGGUCUUUCUGGACUUGCCCACGCUGGCGGUGCGAUUUGUUUCUGAGACAGACAACAGCACAGUGGUCGACGUGCCGCGGUCGGCACUGACGCUCAUUGGCAACGCGGUCAUCAACUUUGACGCGCCGGCGUUCCCGGUCUCGGGCGGAACGCGGCUGUCUGUGACGAACCGCGGCGGCAACUACUCUGCAGCAAUCAGCUUUACGUACUUUUCGACGCCGUCGGGCCUCGCGCUGGUCUCGGCACCCGGAGGAGUGUGGCGCAACUCGGGCACGAUGGAGCCUACUCCUGUCCUGGAGAUUGUCGACGCGUUUGGCGUGCGGGUGGAGAAUGCGUUGGGAACAGGCGUGGUGGUGCGGGCAGUCAUCACCGAAGUCGCAAGUCCUGCGCGGGCGCUGGGCGACCCACCGGUGUCGGUGGUGGGUGUGGAGGCGACGUCUGCGCGCGGGCUGGUCUCGUUUGACAACCUUGCAUUUUCGGGCGUGCGCGGAGCGAGCUACGCCAUCUCGUUUGAAGCGCCAGGCGUCAGCGGGGUGACGCCGCUGGCUCUGCCUGGCGCGAUUGUUGUGGAGGAGUGUGGGACGAGCGACCAGUUUGCGGUGGCGACGGCGUCAGGCGUCGAGUGCGAGUGUCUGCCUGGCUACACGCCAUCGCCGACGUCGGGCUCGUGUGUGGCGUGCGAAGUCAACGAGUACAAGGCCGAACCGAGCAAUGCUGCGUGCCUGCCAUGUGGGCCGAACUUUGCGACCAACACAACAGGCUCGGUGACUCGGGAGGCUUGCUUUUGCAAGGAUGGAUGGUACAUGCCCAACUACAACUCGACAGAGUGCCCCGGUUGCUGCCUCCCGUGCGUGGCCGGCGGCGUGUGCCGCGACGGCAACAUCGAGCCGGCGGCCGGAUUCUGGAGGGCGAGCGCAUCGGCCAACGACCUGCUGUACGAGUGCUCGGUGCCGUCUGCGUGCGCCGGCGGCGGAACGACCGCAUGCGCACCCGAGUACACCGGCCCGAUUUGCGACGUGUGUCGAGACGGGUACGCCAAGUUUGGAGAAAUCUGCACGCUCUGUCCGCCGCGGGGCGAGUCUGUGGCCGUGCUUGUCUUUAUCGCGCUUGCAGCGGUCACGGUGGUGCUAGUCCUCAUCCGGUCGGCGCUCCAUGCGCACGAGAAGGAGAAGCACUCGGCGGCGUCUGCGGUGCUCAAGAUCCUGAUCAACUUCCUGCAAUCGAUCGCGUUUUUGGGCGACUUCAAGACCCGCUGGCCGUCGACGCUCAAAAUGCUGUUUGGCAUUUCCAACUCGUCGAACGGGGUCUCGACGCGGUUCUUUUCGAUCCAGUGCCUGUUCUCGCUCUCGUUCUACGACACGCUGCUGGCUGCGAUGCUCAUGCCCGUCUUUGUGGCCGGCAUUCCGCUUGUUGUUGUGGCGCUCGAGUACGGCCUUCGACGGGCGAUCGACGCGGCGCGGUUCAAGGCCAAGGCACUCCACCACUUUGUGCUGCGAUACCGGAUGGCAGUCCUCGUUCUCGCCUUCUUUUCGCACGCCUCGAUCACGUCGACUGUGCUCGAGGCCUUCCCGUGUGUCGCGUUUAACGGCAAGCGGUACCUGGUGGCGGACAUGACAGUCGAGUGUGGGCAGGCGCGGCAGGUGGCGUGGGCGACGGCGGCCGGUGUAUUUCUGGUGGGCUAUUGCGUGGGCCUUCCGCUUGCCGGCUUUGUGCUCCUCUAUCGCAACCGUGGUGCGCUGCACACCGCCAGCGUCAAGGAGAAGUACGCGUUCCUCAUCCUUGGCUUUACCUCGCGGCGGUACUACUGGGAAAUGGUCAUUCUUGUGCGCAAGACGGCGAUCAUCUGCAUCAAGGUCCUGCUGCAGACAAAUCCUGUGGCGCAGGUCUACGCUGGCAUCUGGGUCAUUGCUGUCUCCGUCUUUGUGCACAUCCGGUCGAACCCAUUUGUAUUCGCCAUCCUCACCCGGCUGGAACUACUCUCGCUGGCGACGACCUUUGUGGUCCUCAUGGCCUCACAGUUUUACUACGUCGACAAGCUCGGCGGUUCGUCUGCCGAGGCCGUCUCGUCACCGUGGACAACCGCGCUGACCGUCUUUCUCGUAGUCCUCCUCAUCGGUGUGGUGAGCAUCAUGAUUGUGGUGGCGGUCCGCGAAGUGCUCAAGUCGCUCCGCAAGAAGCUCCCCAUGUGGCUGCGCAAGAUCCUGCAGCUUGACUCGAGACUCGAGCUCGACGCCAACUUUGUGCCGGACCUCGACUGGUCCGACUCGUCGGCGUACGAGACGGCCCUCGCCGGGCUCGACGCCACCGCGUUCCGGCACGCUGUCGACGAUGCGUUCCUCGAGGCUGCGACAAAGGAGUCGCGAGCAAACCACCAGGUGUACAAGGACGCGCGGACGUAUGAGAACAUGCGCGAUACCGCGCUCGUUGAGCUCUACAAGCGGGCAGCUACGACCGAGAUGCCACAGGCUGAGGUCGAGGCUUUCGAGGCCAAGAUCGUGCGCUCGCUCGGCAAGCCACCGCCGGCAGAUUAUGUCGACGGGCCCGAGAUGUCGGGCUCUGGCUCGGCGUCGGCCGACGCACGACGACUCGCGAGGCCUGCCGAGCUUGUUGUCGACCGCAAGGGUCUGCUCAAGGUCAUACGCUAUCUCGACGCUCAGCCCAACCUCAAAUUCCCGGACUGGGUGGCCGUCAACCAGAAAGCGCUCUUCCGCUUUGUCGACAGGCACGGUGUCGUGCCCAAGUCGCUCUUCUUUGCGCGCUACCUCGCGCCGCCCGGGACGACAAAGGCUACCCGUCGCGAACUGGAUGCCUCAAGCCUGGGAUCGUCAAGCUUGAGUCUGAGCUCGAGCAAAAGCGUGCGCUCUGGGUCGAGCUCCGACGCCAAGGCCAGCAGUGGUGCAGGCACGGAUGGCGGCUCGGACUCUGGCUCGGGAUCGAGCUCGGGAUCGUCGUCCGCGGUGGCAAUGCGUAAUGAUGCGUAUUUGGGGCUGUCAGAUGUGGCCACCGAGAGUGAAAGCAUGUAACCCUUAGCGGUACGGUCGUUCGGACGCGCCGUCGCGCGUCUCAAAGUGAACAACUCGAUGGUGCUUGACUUCCAGCGUCGGCGCCGCGCACAUGAGCGUACCGUCGGCGAGCGCGGCUUGGAGGUCUGCGAGCUCGACGGCCGACGCGUAGUCCAAGAACGUCAGUGACGACUCGGCGUCGAACAUGAGCGAGCACGGCUCGCCGAAGAGGCGCGCCGCCGUGAACUCGCCCCGCCGCGCAGCACGCGCGCCGCCGAACACGCCCGCGAGAGCGUGCUCAUGGACGAGUGCGUGGACGGCCCCGGCCUGCACCAUGUUGCGGCGCCGGGUGCGGCGGUGAUCGGAACGCAACGCGAGCGACUUCUUGACCAAGAUGGAGCCGUCCGGCUUCUUGGACUCGGCCUCAAACUCGCCCAUGGCAGUGGCGGCGGUGGCGCGGCGCGAGACGAUGCUGAUGCUCGUCGAC